UACUUUCCUUAUUCCACUUCUCUUUUAAUAUUUACCAAAACUAUUAGGCAAAUCUUUCGGCAAAUCAGCUAAAACAUGUUUAAAAUCCGGAAUAAAGCCCUUAUAAAAUUUAGCAAAGGGCUAAUGAGCCCGCGACUACUGGCAAAUAAGGGCGAUUCAAGCAAGGACUCUUGCAAGGACUCUAAAAAGGGAGAAAAUAAGAAGACCGAUAUGUGUGGAAGACCUGUAGUUCCGACCGCUCCUCGCUGCAAAAAUAAACCAGGUGGUGCGGAUGGUAAAUCCGGUAAGUCCGGAGAGGACUGCAAGAAAAAGUAGGAGAGGUUCUUCAAACUACCAGUAUUUAUCUCGUUUUCCACAAACUUAACAACAGCGUUUGAGAAAUCAUAGGCAGAGCAGAAAUGUCCCGACUUUUGUUACAGUGCCGCAGCACUCUGCUGAUCCUUCGCCACCAGGCAGCCGUGCAAAACGAGAAAGGACUCUUCAGCAAGCUCCUGGAGAAGUGCCAGUCCCUCCGCAAGCAAGAAAAGGAUGUGGCCGAGGAACAGGAAUCGAAGAGGUCUUAGGCUGCCCCAGAAGUCGGCCCCUCCCCGUCGAGCUCAUAUAAUGGACAGCCAAUUGCCACAUUGUUGCCGGGGGCCCAACAUGAAUCGGGUCCAUUUUACGGGCAGAUCAUAAAACGGAACGUGCACAGACAUUAUAAAGCCAUAAAGCAUCAACUAAAAUCUGGCAGAAAUAGCUUCAGGCCCACAGGCAAUGCACAGACUCAGACAAGUGAUAUAACAUGGUUUCCAUGGGCCGUUUACGAUGUCUGAAAUCGAUGUCUAAAAUCCCAGACGCCAAAACAGGCGGCGAAUAGAAGUGAGGAAAGGCGAGACUGACCAGGCAAAAGUAUUAAAAUUUUCAGCGAAUAAUAUUGAUAGAUAAAAGCGAUCGUCUUGGAUGAA